AUGGUGGGUGCUGGGAUCCCGGCUUUGGGCCUGCUCCUGCUCCUGCAGGGCUCAGUCGAUGGACACGGAAUCCAGGGAUUCUUCUAUCCAUGGACCUGUGACGGUGAUGUGUGGAACCGGGAGAGCUGUGGGGGCCAGGCAGCUCUGGAGAACCCCAGCCUCUGCCUGCGCCUGCGAUGCUGUUAUCGCGACAGCGUCUGCUACCACCAGCGACCGGAUGAGAACAUGCGGCGGAAGCACAUGCAGGUGCUGGGCUGGAUGUGCGGUGGCCUCCUGGUCCUGAUCUGCAGCACCUGCCUGUUCUGGUGGGCCAAGCACCGGGGCAUGGUGCACAUGCCAGGGUUCUUGAAGGGCAAAUGCGACUUGUCGAAGACGGUCUCGCUGCUCUCCAAGGACCGAGGGACCAUGAGCGAGAAAAAGGCCAUGUCCUUGGCCAGCAUACACACCGAGCGGCUGGACAUCUCAGGGGGCACCGAGGGCGAAGGGACCACAGAAGGGGCCGAGGACACAGAGGGCGGGGAAGACGAUGAUUAG